GGUAUAAAAGUCAACGUAUUCUCGCAUUUGCCACACAAUAGUUGAUCACAACUUUACACAAAAUUAUUUUAAAUUUAUUUAUACUAAACGUUGUAAAUCUAUUGCGAGAAAAUGCCGAUCGAUCUGUACUUCGCUACUUUAAGCCCACCGUCUCGGGCGGUGUUAAUGACACUCAAACAGCUUAAACUCGAUGUUAAUGUUAUUGAUGUGAAUCUCCAGAAAGGGGAACACUUGACAGAGGAAUAUCUUAAGAGGAACCCGCAGCACACUGUGCCCACUCUUGUGGACGAUGGCUUUUCUCUUAGCGAGAGUCGAGCUAUUAUGCAGUACUUGGUGUCAAAAUAUGCGCCAAACAGUGCUCUCUAUCCGACCCAUGAUCUCAAGAAGAGGGCACACGUCGACCGACUUCUCUACUAUGAUAUGAGCAUUGGUUAUGCCAUACGGGACGCAGUGAUGAUCAAAGUAAUGAGAGGAGUGGAACCGCACGAGAAUUCAGUCAAAAACUUCAAAAACAAUUUCAAAGUUUUGGACACUUUUAUCGGUGACAACAAAUACGUGGCCGGAAAUGAGCUGACAAUCGCCGACAUCUCCUAUCUGUCAACUCUGACGGCUCUUGCGCUCAACGAUUACAAAGAAUUGGAUGACUUCCCGAACGUUAAGAACUGGUUCUUCAGAAUACAGAAAGAAUUGCCAUAUUUUGAUGAAGUGAACGGAAAGAUUCCAGAAUUGAUCAAACAAUUUGCUGCAUCUAAGAAGUAA